CUACUACAAUGUACGUAUUUAUUCAGAGGUAUAGCAGACAACUAAUAUCUGGGUUACUGAAUAAAAUAUUUUGACCCAAGUUAAAAUAAUCACAAAAGCACUUACAGAGUCCCUAGCCAUCUCAAUACAUUCUAGACCUCUGAUAUGUGAGUGGAAAUCAAAUGUGAGCGUUAAUCAGCCGAAAAACUGCUCUUUUGCUGACUGCGCAGGAGCGCGUGAGUGAACGUUCCCGAGACACCGGACGGCGCGUGCAGUCCGUGUUCCGUUUCUCGUCUCCUACCGCAGUCCGACAGACGCAGUGCACAACACCAGGCACACCAGACACCGGGACACGAGAGCGCAGGGAGAGAGUGGAUUACAAAAACAUGAGGCCGUCACUAUGUCAAAGAAAUGGAAUAACAUUUAAAUUUAAAAAGAACUCUUGAAGUUUUCAUCUCUGGGUGGAGCUCUUUGGCAGGUAUCUUUUCCCCCACCUGGGAUUUGCUGACAGGGCGAACAGCUCUAGAAAAUGAAAUCUCAUGAGAAAGAACUGGAGAGAGAGAUCUCUAAGGUUCAGGGCAUGGUGUGUGAGUUGCGGGCAGGGUUUUCUCGUGCACUGCUGGAGCUGAAUCAGAUUCAGCAGGGAGACACUGAGCUGCAGAGCCAGCUGGAGGACACAAGACAUGGCUGCAACAAGCGUGCCCUUCACCUUGAGAGUCUGGUGCUCUCCCUCAAGGAGGAGCUGGAGGAAGUACGUUGUCAGUUUCGUCAACUCUGUGAGACACAAGACAGAAUACCAGCAGAGAAUCCUGGAAUAGAGAAUGCGUGUGUCGAUUUGUGUAUGUGUGAAUGCAGUAAUGGCGUGGAUGACAGUAGCGGGCAGAGUAAUGGUGCUGCAGAGGCUCCUCCCCUUUCACCUGUGGGUGGAGAUUUCCUCAUACACUGUUACCUUCAGGGAUUACAGGUGUGGCAAUGGACCAGACAGAAUACAGGUGCAGAUUCUCUUUCCUGCCAUGUAACACACAGCUGCCUGCGGCGGGGCAGGAGGCGGGGUGUGGUGGAGAUGCUGUUGCGGUCUGAACGCGAUUAUGUGUCUAGUUUGAAUCAGCUCUAUGAGAAAUACAAAUCUGCUGAGCAAAAUGUGGCGUUUGUAAAGCAUAUUGAUCAGAUGCUACAGCGCCACCUGCUCUUCCGCAACACCCUAGAAGAACGACUGACCAUGGAUGAGAGAAGCUGUGCUGCCGGGGAUGCUUUCCUCAACCUCACUGGACAGAACAAUAAGUCUUUCUCUGAUGCAUAUCUUGGAUAUGUGGCCAGUCUGGGAACUCUCCUGAGAACAGAGAUCUGUACAACUUCACCCCACAGUAAUUCACAAAAUUUACAGGCGGAGAAAGAGAGCUUCAGAUUGCUUUCACUAGUAUUCGCUCCUGUUUCCCGCAUCCACACAUACCUAAAUAUCAUACAGGCCUUGUUACGCAGUUGUGGUGCUGGACAUGCAGACAGGUGUUCACUACAGGAGAGCGAGCGGGUGCUGUGGGACCUCUGCACAAGCUGUCACAUGACCUUGGCGAAGGCGGGGCCAUGUGAAGAGGGGGUGGGGCCUGAACAAGGUUUGAGAAGCAGGUGCUGUGCCGAGAGCCCCGACUGCGGCCCUUCCGCUUUUACCAAGUACUGUGCCAACAUUAAUGCGGAUACAGCCAGCGUCACAGCGGGCGCAGGCAUAGACAGCACUGUACACCAGAGGAAAUGCUGUCGUGUUGGCAUCUCACAGACGCUACCUCGGCCCAGUGGCAUUUUAAGGUAAUCCAGCAUAUUUUAC